AUGGCAGCUCGCCCCGAUCCACGCACUCCGCCAACUACUUACAUGGACGUCCCGGGAAUUGCCCUAGCAAUCCAAGACCUAAUCACGGGGCCAACGAAGAAGAAGCCAGAAGGAGACGUCAAUAGGGUGUGGAAUGGCAUCCUCAAUUGGGUAUUUGACCCAGUUGAGGGUUAUGCCGCCACACCCCAAGACGAGCACACGGGGUUUGCGGGCAAGAAGGGCUUCUCCGAUUUCCACACCAAGCAGAGGCAUGUGGAUGGGCGGCGUUGCUGCUUCUGUUGCUGCUUCUUGAUUACUCAAUGCAAGAGGAUUUCGAGCCAGAAUGCGGACGGGACCUGGGUAGAAGGGGCUCAACAGCUCCAAGAGUACCUGGAGAUGGAACACGGGGAAAGGGCGACCAGGGACCGAAGCCCGGUUCAUGGAAUUCUAGCCAUCGGAAGGCGAGUGAGGUUUUUUAGAUACCGUGAUCAGACGGGCAGCAUAGAGUCGUGGCGGCCCGGUCCUCAAUGGGUAGCAAGCCCAACCGGGGGCAAAGGGAAAAAAGAAUCCUACGACCUCAUCGAGCACGCCAGUGAAGUCCAAGCUGCGUUGAGGUUCAUUUUGAACCGUCACUGA